AUGUCACAUUUAAUAGUUAGAGUAUCAGCAGUUUUAAUGCUUUUAUUGUUGAUUAUUGGUCAAAUUCAAUGUCAAUAUGAACCUAUCACAGAUGUACAAGUUUGGCCAACUUCAGAAGGAGGGAAUGGCCACGGAUACAUAGGAUUAUAUUCUAAUAUUCACUCAAUCAAAGAUGCGGAGAAAAAAUGUGAGAGUACAGGUAAUCGAAAUGGUACAUUUAAAUCAUAUCUUGUCACACUCGAUUCAAAACAAGAAUGGGAUUUUAUUAGAACCAAUUUGAGUACAACAGCAUGGGUAUCUGGUAAAGACAUCGAAGGGAAUGGCAUUUAUUCCUAUUCAACUGGACCACAAACUAAUCAACCACUAUUUAAUAUGUAUACUGGUCAAAGUUGGGGAUAUUGUCCAUUCCAAGCAGGUUCCCCAUCUUUAGCUCCUGCUGCUGAAGAUCAAUAUAUUUACAUCACAGGAGGACCAACCUCGAAUUUCAAAAAUGCUUAUGCUAAUUAUUUUCUUCAAACUGCAAUAUGUGAAAUACAACCAAUUUCAGAGGUAUCCAUUCCAUCAAUUGAUAAAACAUCAGUCACUUGUAUAGUUCCACCUCUAUCUGGAUUUCACAAUGUAAUUGUACAAGAUGCUAGCGGAGUCAAGUCAACACACUAUGCAUGGCAACCAUUUCCACCAUUUAUUAAAGCUGUCUAUCCAUCAUUCACUGCUAAUGGAUUGGUCACACUGAUUGGUGAUAACUUUGGUGAUAACACUAAUAAUAUAGUAUUUGUUAAUGUUUCAACAUCUAAUAUUACCUGUAAUAUUAUGUUUGUAUCAUCAAAUCAGAUUUUUUGUAGACUCGAAUCAUCACUUGUUGGAGAUACCAAAUUGCUUCCCAUUUCAAUUUCAGUUGGUGGUGUUUAUACUCAAACCUAUAAACCUUAUGUUUUAUGUGACAAACAAUUCUAUUCAACCAUUCUAUUUGGUGGAGAAUAUCAAACAGUCAAUCAAGUAAUGAUUGACAAAGUAUCAAUGGGAGCAACACCAAAUGCUCCAUAUAUUGGUGCAAUAGAAUCUGAAGAAAUGUAUAAAUGUUUUAGUCAAUCAUUGAAUAUCAUUGACUACCCUAAAUUUAGAUUUUGGCAAGGUGUCUCAUACAACGGUAAUAAUAAUCGUUUUACAAGAAAUAAUGGUCCACUCAAAGGGACACCUUCUCAAUUGUAUUAUUCUGGUAAUACUUCAAAUAUGGAUCAGUUAAAUAAUAUUCUAUUUAAUAUUAAUGAUAGAAUGGUAGUGCCAUCAGAAGUUGAAAAUAUUAGUUAUUAUACACCAUUAAUUGCAUUUAAUAUAACAGAUGCACCGAUCAUCGACAAUAUUACACGAAUUAUACCUGGACAAGCAUCACAGGUUACAAUCAAUGGUAAUCAUUUUGGAAAAGAUAGUUCAUAUGUUUUGAUUUCGAUUCAAGGAAGUCAAUGUAAAUCACCUCAGUUUAUUGAAAACAACUAUCAACAAAUUACUUGCUCAUUGGAUAGUGUUGAACCUUAUUCAACCGAUCUAAAUUAUACUAUUACAAUUGGAGUUGGUGGAAUGCUUACAACCAAAGUUGUAUCUCUUGCGAAAGAUUGUCUUAACAAUUGCUCUUCACAUGGCAUUUGCAACCAAACAUUUGGGACAUGCAAAUGUAACAGUGGUCAUGAACCCCUAUUGGAUUGUUCAUCGUUGGUUAAUCGUAGUCAACUACUCAACACAACCGUUUGGGAUAACGGAGUGUCUCUUUUAUCGACCCAUCAAACGAUAAGUGGUAUUGUUGUCAAUUUCACAACCGGUAUACAAUUCAUUCGAGAAAUCAAUCAAGAUAAUUCAAUCAUUAAAACGUUAUCAAUGAACAAUAUCAUUUGGACGCAAGAGGAGGAGAAGACAUCUGCCGGUGAAUCAAUAUUUAUUCAAUCAACCCACUCAAUUGAUAUUCAAGUAUCACCAAAUUCAGUCAAAUAUCGAAUCAAAAUCAUUAAUUGGGUAUGGUCAUCACCAAUCAACACGCUGCAGGUGAUAUUCCAUACACAAUCAGAUUCGGUAGAAUUUGACAAGUGUGGCAAGCUAAAAGUCAGAAGUGAUAUAUCUAGUGGUGACCAAAUUAUAUGGACCAGAGUUCAAGUUGGAAGGACACUUUUAAACUGCAAGAUAGCAAGUAGAAUGGUUAUAGACAACUCGACAAUCAUUCCAUCCAAAGUAACACUUCUCACCAACGAUGAUCCAGUCUCUCAACAAAUCUGGAAAAAUGGAGGAUUCAAUAUUUUAACGACGUUCCACAUACCCAGAUUCUCUCAUUCGGUUGAACUCGAUCCCGUCUUCAACGCACUCAUUCUUGUCGACGACUCCAACUUGCCAUAUGAGUGUACUGAAGAGACUACUGAUCAAUGGACAUUUAUCAUAGUCGCUGUUGUCUUAUCGGCUGCACUACUCUCUAUUAUAAUAGUAGUGUUAGUCAUUGUAUUCAUAAAGCGACCACCAACAAACAGACCACCACAUGGAGAAGCCCCAAUUGAAAUGGAUAUAAUUACAAGUAAUGAAGAAAUCAACACCCACCAACAACAACAACAACAAAAUAAUAAUAAUUAA